AUUAUAUAAACACGCUAUUGAACUUGUUAGUGUGUAGUAAUCCUUAGUGAAGUGAUCACUCUAUGGAGUACUACAGUCAAGAUGCCUACUUCGUCACCGCUUCAUUGAUCAGCAUCGCCUUCUUCCUCUGGUACGCCAGCCGACUCCGUCGAACAGCCAUCCUCCUCCCGCCCGGGCCUCCCGGCUUGCCCGUCCUCGGCAACCUGCUGUCCGUGCAUCAGUUCACCCACCGCGGCCUCGCCAAGCUCUCCAAGAUCCACGGCGGCUUCUUCCACCUCCGCGUUGGCCAGCCGAACGUGUUCGUGGUGUCAUCGCCGGAGACGGUGAGGGAGAUCAUACACGAGAACGACAGCGUCUUCUCGCACUGUCCGGUCACGGCCGCCAUGGUGUACGUCUCCUACGACCUGGCCGACAUGGCGUUCGCGCACUACGGCCCGUUCUGGCGCCAGAUGCGCAAGCUCUGCGUGCUCAAGCUCUUCAGCCCCCGGCGCGACGUCUCGUGGCGCGUCGUGCGCGGCGAGGUGGACGCCCUCGUCAGGUCCGUUGCCGAGCUGCGCCGAGUCGCGGGCAGUGUCGGUGAUCUGGUAUUCAAGUUCGCCACCAACGUGACCUUCCGGGCGGCGUUCGGUGCACAGAGCCGGGAGGACGAGAAGGUGUUCGUCGACAUCAUCCUCGAGCUCUCGGAGAUCUUCAUGGCGUUCAACAUGGGAGACUACAUCCCUUGCCUCGGGUGGCUCGAUCUCAACGGCAUCGGUAAGAGGAUGGCGGCGGCGAGGCACGCGCUGGACGUUUUCAUCGACCGGAUCAUCGACGAGCACCUGGCCAAGUUGAGGAACGGCGACGUGUCGGCGUCCGACAUGGUGGACGACAUGAUCGCGUACCUCGUCGACGCUCCCGGCGGACGACACAAGAGAGCCGACGGCGUCGAACUCGGUGACCUCCACCUGACCAGAGACAACAUCAAGGGGCUAAUCAUGGACAUCAUGUUCGGCGGCACGAAGACAGUGGCGUCCACGGUGGAGUGGGCGCUGUCGGAGCUCCUGCGCAACCCAGACGAACUGAAGCGCGCGCAGGACGAGCUAGCCGGCGUGGUUGGCCUCCGCCGCAGGGUCAACCAGGACGACCUCGACAACCUCCCCCACCUCAGGUGCGUCACCAAGGAGGUGCUCCGUCUCCACCCGCCGCUGCCGCUCCUCCUCCGCGAGAGCCUCCACGACUGCGCCAUCGGGGGCUACACUGUCCCUCGCGGGUCGCGCAUCUGGAUCAACAACUAGGCCAUGUGCCGCGACGAGGCGCUGUGGGGGACCGACGCGGCGGCGUUCCGGCCGUCGCGGUUCGCCGACGAGAGCGCGCGCGUGGAGUUCAAGGGUGGGGACUUCCAGUACCUGCCGUUCGGGUCCGGGCGGCGGUCGUGCCCGGGGAUGCAGCUGGGGAUGUUCGCCGUGGAGCUCGGCCUCGCGGAGCUCCUGCACUGCUUCGACUGGUCGCUGCCAGCUGGGACGGAGCCGCUCGAGCUCGACAUGGACGACGUGUUCGGGCUCACCGCGCCCAAGGCUGAGCGGCUGUGCGCCGUGCCAUCGCCGCGGCUGUCCUGCCCGUUGCUCUGAUUCGCGUGUGCAGCUAGUUUGUGAUAUUUCCCGCGGCUCGCCCGGCUCCCACGUUUGCAGCGAGCUACUGUUGAUACCAAUCAUCUCGUUGUAUGUCGUUAAUUAAUUAUCUGAUGAAGAAUCCCGUACAAACGCUAGUAAGUACUCCCCAGUCCCAAAAUAUAAAUAUUUUUGGACAUUGAUAUAGUAUCUGA